AUGUCACCUUCAUUUCUCGUUCAACUCGCCAAGCUUCCUAACGUCGAGUGGCUGCGCGAACGUGGAGUGGUUCGAGCCUUCAUUGCUGCACACAACCAGCCCAACCAAUUUGCCGAGAAAUCUACAUUCCAUAUCGCAGCCCUCCGUGCCGGCGUCAAGUACGUUACAACGGUGGCAUACUACCCGCGUUCGCAUUGGGCCAUCGAAACCAUGCUCGGCUCGCCAGAAUUUACCAGUUUGCAAUGGACGCCAUUGCAACCUAACAUCUUUAUGUGGCAUUACCUGAGCCCCGCUGUGGAACUGGUCAAAAAGGUCCGCGAUGGGGGCAAGCAAGUUCCGCUCCGCUUGUUUGUAGGUGCAGAUGCGCCAGUCGGUAUCAUCGAUCCUGAUGAGGUUGGCUUCUUCGCAGCGCUUAUCUUGCUCCAGGAGGACAUCUCCGUACACAACAAGCGUAAAUAUGUACUCAACGGGUCGGAGGACAUUACUGGAAGCCAGCUCGUUAAGAUGGUAGAGGAUCACAUUGAUGCUAAAGUUGAAGACGUCAAGUUUAAAGACUUUCUGUUCCUGCAGGAUAUGGUCGCCGCAAUGCCGCACGAGUCAAAGAACGUUAGUCUGUCGUUAGAAUGUGCUGCAGAGUCGGUGUGGGUGGGAAUGACCUCGGCUAAGACAACAAGUACGGAGGAAUUGAACUUGCAGCGCCGAAGAAGACGCCUGCUGAAUAUUUUGAGAUGA